AAUCACUGCCUUGUCUCCUCUUUCUUUCUUCUUCCCCUGUAUUUUUUCCCUCUUCUCUCUCUUUCUCUCUUUACUUAUCACAAAAAAACCAGCUAAACAAAAAAUGGCGGCUGCAUACAGAGAACCAAUGAAAGCAGAAGCAAGAGCCCCUUCUUCCAUGGGCCAACAAGUACCACACUCGGCAUGGCAUUCCCCUGUUCCAUACCUGUUUGGAGGCCUUGCUGCCAUGCUGGGGCUCAUAGCCUUCGCUCUCUUGAUCCUCGCCUGCUCCUAUUGGAAGCUCUCUGGCUACUUGGAAGGAAACGGCGAAGGAGAACGAGACCUGGAAGCUGGAGAAGGAAAAGGCGACGACAACCAGAAGCCGCAACAAGGUCCUUACGAGGAGAAGAUCCUUGUGAUCAUGGCGGGACAGGACAAACCAACAUUCUUGGCCACGCCAGUCUCAUCAAGUACCGUUAGGUCCUCUUCUUCCUUCGCCAACAACACCAACGCUUGUACCUGCGACCAGUCUCAAAAAUCCGAAGAGGGUGCUAAACAAGUAAGAAGCGAAAUCGAAAACAGGGACGCGGCUCAUGAUGGAUCGUCUUAAUCGAAAGAGGGCUUUUUGUUUUCAUGAAAUCAAAAGGAUAGAAAAGAGAAAAAGAUGAUACAAGUUUUAGGUGUCUACUCUGCAAUCUUGCAUGUUAGUUCUUCGUAAAGGACUCUUAGCUCCUCUGGUCAUGUAAUAAUAGGAAUUAUUAAUUUAAAUUUUAUUAAUUUUAUUUUAUUUUUUUUUUUGGGUAGAUUACUCGGGACUGUAAAUUCGGCUGAGGUGGAAUGAAAAGUUAACUAAUUCACAAUUUUGUGUUUC